CAGUUUAUAUCCAAUCAACUGGACAGUUUGAUUGGGCAAUUUUAUAAUAAACAGGUGCUAGGGUACGCCAGUCAACCUCUGGACGGGCGGGAACAUCGUCAAGUACCAUUAUAUUAGAAAAAAACUCUCUGAGUGAAAAAAAUAAUAGAAAAAAUGAUACGUCUGCUCGUUUUGGCCGUUGUGGCCAUUACGGUGAGGUCAGAGGAAGAACCAAUGAAGAACUUAACUACUAUAUCCUGGGCUCAUGCCGUCAAUAACAAAACAUACCUACAAGCCGCGCUAUCAAGCACAAUAAACAUGCUCGAAGCUGACAUCGUUCUAGGCACAGUGGUGGGCAAGGAUGGCCCGCCAUUACCCAUCAUGGCCCAUCCCCCAGCCACCACCUCCGACCUGACGCUGGCCGAGUUCUUGGAGACGGUAGCCCAGCACAACUUGAAGGAAACCAACCCUGGAAGCAAGAAGGGAGUGAAACUGGACUUCAAGAGUAUAGAGGCGUUUGAGCAGAGCCAGGACUUGAUUGGGCGUCAUCAGACGUUACCAAUCUGGCUGAACGCCGACAUCCUCCCUGGUCCAGUAGACGCCACCACAAAGCCAGUAGACCCUGCGAAAUUCCUGAAGCUUGGCUCCAAGCACGUCUGCGCCGUCCUCUCCGUGGGCUGGACUACCAACUAUGGAGGGAACAUUACAGAGGGAGAGUAUACCAGCGAACAGAUCGGUACCAUGCUCAGGAUGAUCAAUGAGAACCAUAUCAAUCAGACUGUGACUUUCCCUGUACGUGCAGGCCUCGCAGCCAACAGCCAGCCAGUGAUCCUGGACCUCCUUCGAGAAACCUCAUCCCUCAACUCCAGCAUGACAGUAUGGUCCAGUGAAGGAGACCACGUGGAGGUAGACCGUCUCCGGGCCCUGAUCCUCACGGUAGGCCUGGAGAGGACCUACCUGGACGUGCCCCAGGACUUGGCGGGGAAACUCCACCUGCCCCCACCUGAUGCGAAGGCCAAGAACUAAAUGUAAAGUUGUAGAAAGUUAGUAAUUAUGAUUACAUGGUGUUUUAUUUUGACAUA